AGGCAAAAGGGAAAGAAACAUUAAUGAGCAUCAGGAUCAGCAUCCGAUUGUCCAGAUGACUACUGCGUUCCAGUGUUCACGUCUAUUGUGCAGGCUAUGUUAUAUCCGCCGGUUAGUUUCUCCCAGGGCAGCGGAGUGAAGAGGAGGGGCUGAGCUGUGCUGCACCGUUGGAGCUACUCACCUCUGACUGAAUCCCAUCUCCACCUUUCAUCUCGCAACUUGUCCCGCGUGAGGAUGGAUGCGUUUCCCGGCGGUCGGACCCGGUAAAGUGUCAGAAGAAUGCGGUGGGGCGGAGGAACCGUCAGUAACUGGAGUGUCUUUGGGCGUCGGUGAUGUUUUCUAUUGGUGACUGCAGAAAUUUCCAACGUGUCGGCGAGUCGACAGACCACUGCUCACUGGUGCGCUCUUGGAGAGGAAGAACGGACAUGUGAAUGAGAAUGAUUUCCUUCAAGCGGCUGAUAUAAACUGCUUCGGUUGUUUUAGUUCACUAACUUGAAACAGCAAAUUGCCACAAAGUCUCACAAGUGAAAACAGGACUGAUUGAUUAAUUGAUUGUUGUUUUUUUCGCUUGAGGAGGAAUUCAUGCGCCGAUAGCUCACGGGGCCAAUAUGCCAGAAUGGGUCCUCUACAGUAUUUAUUUCUCUGUGGACUUCUGUACACCCAAACCGACGGGUCUCGUCUUCGCCAGGAAGACUUCCCUCCCCGCAUCGUGGAGCACCCCUCUGACCUCAUUGUGUCCAAAGGGGAACCAGCCACUCUCAACUGUAAGGCAGAGGGCCGUCCAACCCCCACCGUGGAAUGGUACAAAGAUGGGGAGCGUGUUGAGACGGACCGCGACAACCCCCGCUCCCACCGUAUGCUGCUGCCCAGCGGGUCCCUCUUCUUCCUACGCAUCGUCCACGGGCGACGGAGCAAGCCCGAUGAUGGCAGCUACGUGUGCGUGGCCCGAAACUAUCUGGGAGAGGCCGUAAGCCGGAACGCAUCUCUAGAAGUAGCAUUGUUACGCGAUGACUUCAGACAGAACCCACAGGACGCAGUGGUGGCGGUCGGGGAGGCUGCAAGUCUGGAGUGUCAGCCUCCACGCGGCCAUCCUGAACCCACCACCUUCUGGAGGAAAGAUAAGGCUCGUCUCGACCUGAAAGAUGACAGGGUCACGGUACGUGGGGGGAAGCUGACCAUCUCCAAUACCAAGAAGAGCGAUGCAGGGAUUUAUGUGUGUGUGGCGGCCAACAUGGUCGGGGAGAGAGAGAGUGAAAAAGCUCAGCUCUCAGUGUUUGAACGACCAGUGUUCGCGCAGCGGCCUGUGAACCAGGUGGUCUUAGUUGAUGAGAGCGUGGAGUUCAGGUGUCAGGUCCACGGUGACCCCCCGCCUACACUGCGCUGGAAGAAAGAGGACGUGGAGAUUCCCCGCGGCAGGUAUGACAUCGGAUAUGAAAAAGAGGAUUUCCUGCUGAAGAUUAAAAAAGCGUCAGUCAGUGAUCAGGGAACCUUCACCUGUCUGGCAGAGAACCGUGUGGGUAAAGUGGAGGCCUCUGCCUACCUGACCAUCAGAGCUCGCCCCGUUGAGGCACCCCAGUUUGUGGUGCGACCCCGUGACCAGAUUGUGGCUCAAGGACGAACAGCUACCUUUCCCUGCGAGACCAGGGGCAAACCUCAGCCCACUGUGUUCUGGCAACGAGAGGGCAGCCAGGAUCUUCUGUUUCCCAACCAGCCGACACAGGGAGACAGCCGCGUGUUUGUGUCCGUGAACGGAGAGCUGACCAUCUCAUCUGUGCAACGCUCUGAUGCAGGGUAUUACAUCUGCCAGGCCCUCACUGUAGCGGGCAGCAUCAUGGCCAAGGCGCAGCUGGAGGUAUCAGACGCCCUGAAGGACCGCCCACCACCCAUCAUCCGGCAGGGCCCAUCCAACCAAACACAGGCGCUGGGAGGUGUGACCCUUCUCAGGUGUCAGGCAUCUGGGGAGCCAGAGCCCACGGUCUCCUGGAGAAAGAACGGGGCCAGUCUGCUCGGAAAGGACCCGCGGUUUUCCCUGCUCGACCACGGAAGCCUUCAGAUCCAGAGCACCAGGAUGUCUGAUUCUGGGCUGUACACCUGUGUAGCCACCAGCUCCAGUGGAGAAACAUCGUGGAGUGCCUUCUUGGAUGUCAGAGACUCCACUGAGCUCGUAGACUUCAUGUCGCACAAUGCUACGGCCCUCCCAGGGCCGCCCUCCAAGCCAGAGGUCACUAAUGUUACCAAGAGCAGUAUCUCGUUGUCAUGGGAACCGGGGCCAGAGGCGGGCUCCCCAGUGUCCUCCUAUGUCAUUGAGGCCUUUGGUCAGUCAGUGAGUAACAGCUGGCAGACAGUGGCAGACCACGUGAAGACCACCGAGUACACGGUCAAGGACCUACGACCCAAUACGGUCUACCUUUUCAUCAUCAGGGCCGUCAAUGCUCAGGGGCUCGGGGACCCCAGCCCCAUGUCUGAGCCUGUCCGGACACAAGACAUUAGUCCCACAGCACAGGGGGUGGACCACCGUCGUGUGCAGAAGGAGCUGGGGGAUGUGGUGGUCAGCAUGCACAACCCUGUGGUCCUGAGCUCCACUUCAGUGCAGGUCACAUGGACUGUGGAGAAUCCAUCCCAGUUUAUUCAAGGCUACCGUGUUCUUUACCGACAAACGUCAGGACUGCCCUCCCCAGGGCCUUGGCAGAUACAGGACUUGAAGGUUGCCUCAGAGAGGGACAUAACUCUCUCUGGUCUGAAGAAAGGCAUCGUCUAUGAGAUUAAAGUGCGGCCAUACUUCAACGAGUUCCAGGGUGCAGACAGUGAAUCCAUGACAGCGCGCACCAUGGAGGAAGCACCCAGUGCGCCUCCGCAGCAAGUGACAGUGUUGACGGUGGGGAGCCAUAACAGCACGUCCAUCAGUGUGUCAUGGGACCCUCCUCCCUCCGACCAACAGAACGGCAUCAUCCAGGAGUACAAGAUCUGGUGUUUGGCCAACGAAACGCGGUUUCAUGUCAAUAAGUCUGUGGAUGCAACCAUCCGUUCAGUGGUUGUCGGGGGUCUGCAGACUGGAGUGCAGUACCGCGUGGAGGUGGCUGCGGGCACCAGCGCAGGGGUGGGGGUCAAGAGCAAACCCCAGCUCAUCAUGUUGGGUGCAGAACUGAGGGACGUAAUGACGGGAUCAGAGGGCAACAAUAGCAUCUCAGACGUAGUGAAGCAGCCGGCCUUCAUUGCUGGUUUGGGGGGGGCCUGCUGGAUUGUCCUCAUGGGCUUCAGUGCCUGGCUUUACUGGAGGAGAAAAAAGAGGAAGGGACUCAGCAACUAUGCAGUUCAGUCCUUCACCUUUACUCGUGCAGUUACGUUCCAAAGAGACCGAGGCCUGAUCAGAAAUGGAAGCCGCCCGGGGCUGUUGAAAACAGGUGACCCAGGCCUCCCCUGGCUGGCUGAUUCGUGGCCCUCCACGAGCCUCCCGGCUAACAGAGACUUAGGAAGUCCGAAGGGUGGCAACAACUUUGGCCGAGGAGAUGUUUUACCGUCGGCAGCGGUGGAGAAGACGGGCACCAUGCUGUCUGAUGGUGCCAUCUAUAGCAGUAUUGACUUCAUGGGGAAAGCAGGCUACAGCAGCCCAGCACGAGGCACUCAGCCCACCCCCUACGCCACCACUCAGAUACUCCAGUCCAACAGUUUCCACGAGCUGGCUGUGGACAGGCCAGAUCCCCGCUGGAAGGCUUCUCUCCAAGCCCAGCAGGAAAUAGCAAACCUGGGCUACUCGCUAACUGACAGACGCCCUGGCAGUGGUGCAAAGGUUGGGAAGAAAAAGAAGGUGAAGGGUGGAACGAAGACCUCUAAAUCAAAUGGGACAUGUUGGGCUAACAUACCCCUGCCUCCACCACCCAUGCACCCACUCCCUGGUACAGAGGUUGACCUUGACCGUUACCCCCAGGAAAACCACGGAGGAGGAUAUGACAGCAACAGCUGGGCACCACCCAUGUCUGUCCAGACCUACCACCACCAGAAUUUGGACAAUGAGGUAGAGGACGAGAGAGGUCCCACUCCUCCCCUGAGAGGAAGAUCAUCCUCUCCGGCAGCAGCUCCCUUCAGCCAGCCCUCAUCCUCCUCUCUCAGCUCUGCCCACCACGAGGAAAUGCAGUCCAUUCUGCAGGCCCACUUGGAUGAGCUGACCAGAGCUUACCAAUAUGAGGUGGCCAAGCAGGCAUGGCACAUGAAGAGCAGUCCAAACGUAACCAAGACCCCCAUCCCUCCAAUGGACUUCAUGUCCAGCACACUGGGCUCUGAUCUGGGAGCCACUCUCCUUUCUGAAGACGACGAGGAUGAGGAGGAGGAUGAAAGAUACGCUGUGGUGUCAAAGAAUUUGUGUGGCUUUGAAUACACUCCUGGUCACAGCGUGGAUAACCUUGAAAGCUCAGGUAAAACCUCCCAGCAGUGUCGCUCCGACAGCUCGGGCAUGGCAGACCACGGUGCACAGGGCACACAUAGCCUUGGCCACAGGAGGGCACCACAUACUGGCCUCAAGCCUCAGACGGAUAAGGUUGGGACUCUGCCCAGGGGAAGAGACACCAACACAGACACCCACACACCGGCCAUGAAGUCCCUGCACAGCGUGGGCUCCCGCAUGCACAGCUCGUGGGCAGCUGCAGGCUCAGACCCCUCUGAGGAGUGCAUGGUGACCGUGUCGACGCUGGAGCGGCAGCAUAUGGCUUCCUGGAGCGGCACAACAACAUCCAACAGGGCCACCCUGAGUAGGGGUUCCCACAAGAGACCUGGCACAGAUCCCUCCCACAACGGGCAUCCUCCCACAAACAGCACAGAGAAGAGGGAACACUAGUCUUUGUGAAGCAUCGUUCCCUGCAGUUGCUGCCUGUCCCAGGACACCUUGUUUAUAAGCGCUAUGAGAUUUUCUCUCUGCGAGUGACACAGAAUGAUGUUGGGAAGAUGGAGAGGAGACAGAAUGAAGACAAAGACACAGAGUACGAAAUAAAAUGCAGAGCUGUAAAUGUCAUGUACAGACACAGACACCAGUCUCACAUUGUUUUUUUUUUCAUCCCCUCUUCUCUAAAAGAGUAAACAGUAUGUUAAAUGUCCGCUUCUAUUUUCUGUCACAUGGUGUACAACAGUUCACACAGUGGUGAUGAAGAAGAAAAUCACAGAAUGACUAAAAUGAAAAAGGACUUGCAUAAUUUGUAAAUAUAUUUUUUAAUGUUUUUCUCUUUAUUUUGCUUUGCUAUGCAAGCCAAACCUAAUGUCGUCUCUUUGUGUUUUAUUACUGUGAAUCAUUUUUCAUUAAUGCUCAAACUGUUAGCUUAUUUUGAUGAAGCUACUGUAUCGUUGUACUUUGCACAGAGCGUUUUGGUGAAAAUAAGCACAAACCCAUUGUCAGCUGAGCUGAGGAGAAGAAUCAUAAUGGCAAAGAGGGAUGUCUAUGUUAAACAGAACCUAAACAGAAGAUAUAUACUUGGCUGUGCUGUAAUUGUUUUGAGAAAUACUCAUAUAUGGAGAGGUACAGUUGAGGGCAAACCUUUGCAUCGCCUUACUUUGAAAAGACAAAAAGAGUUAAACAAAGAAAUUUGUUUUCAUCAACACCAUAUGUAACGCAUGUUCAGUCGGCACAAAUAUUCCUUCAUCCUCAAAAAUAACAAAAAUGUUCAAAGAGUGUAAAGAAGAAUGUGAAAGUGAAAUAAUGAAAAUGAUAUCAGUCCAAAAGCUUUGCAUCCCCCUUUAUGAAAUGUUCUCCAACACUUUGUAUGUCCUCCCUCUGCCUUUACAACCUCCUCCAACCUCUUUGGAUCCUGUCUGAGCAGCUCCUGUGUCCUCUCAGGUGUUUAAUUCCAGCCAUCAUGGCAUAUCUGUUCCAAGUCUAGCAGAUUGCUUGGUUGCUGCCAUGUACGGCCUUCUUCAAAUCCAUAGGUGUUCUAUUAUAUUCAAGUCUGGACACUGGGAAGGCCGCGGCAAAACUCUCACCUUAAUCUUCUUAAACCAUUCCUGGGUCGACUUUGCUCCGUGCUUCGGAUCAUCUCUUCAUUUUUAGCUUUUUGACUGAUGGGAGGAGGCUUCGCUUUAAAAUCUGUUUAUAUUGGCCUGCAUUCAUUCUUCCUCCACUUUAUGCAGAGCUCCAGUGCUUCAUGCAGCCAUACACCCAGUUACCCAUACAGCUGUUUUGUUUUUUUCGCCACACCUACCCGUUCAAGUUAUGACCAAAUAGUUCGACUCUGGUCUCCUCAGACCACAUAAUCCUGUUCCACAACUGAUAUCACGUAUUGUUCUUUGUCAUGCACUCCUUGGUCGUGUGUCCACGUUUCUUCCAUUUCUGGAUUAUGGUGUUCACAGUUGGUACUGGUAUCUGAAAAACGCUUUCAAAUAUGAAAGUAUACCAGUUUCAUUUUGAGGUCUUCAGACUGCAGCUGUUUCCUAUUGGACAUCCACCCACUUGCAAAUAUAAAACACAAGCCUAAUUGAACACACUUGUUGCCACUCAUCAAGAUUUAAGUGGUGACAAUGUUUUUUAAAGACCAGACACAUGAUUAAAAUGAAUUACCUAGAGGAUUUAUCAAAGGGGAUGUAAACUUUUGAGCUUGGUAUUUGAAAAGAAUUUGGACUUGGACUUGAUAUUUCACCCAGGGUUUAAGGGGGAUGCAAACUUUUGCACUCAACUGUACAAGGAAAAAACACAGGUAUAUACUUGGAAAUAAUAUGCCAAAAUAACUAACUGUGUUUCAUACUUGUUUCUGGGAGUCGUAUUAUGCGUUAUACUAACAAUGAUUCUUAGCAAAUGAUUACCAGAAGAUUUUUAUGGUAACAAAGCAACACAUCAGUUGUGAUAUCCAAAGCAAAGACAUAGGAAAAUAGGUAUGUGUCACUUCUCUGCCAUUCCCCAAAAGAGUAUGUUAAUAAUAUAUAUAUUUGUUUCUUUUCCAAUUACACACAGUGACAUGGUGAUAGUGCAAUAUUAAAGGACAAUAUGAUAGUAAAAGGAGAUAUCAAGAUGAAAGUGAGGUGUUGGAAGCCACAGGACACGUGUUAUCUUAGAGGAGCAGAGACAGAUGCAUUAAAAUGUCCUGAACUCACCUGAAGACAAAUAAGAUGCAAGAUAUAAUGACGACUAUAUCUGAUGUUAAACAUCAAAGAAAUUAUACUAGAUUUGUUGUUAUGUACCACACUGGAGUAACACUAUCAUCUUACAAAGAUCUAUAGACAUGAAAGACUGCCAAAUUUAAAGAGGAAAAGUUUUCAAAUGUAGCCAAUUAGCCAAUUUUUCCUGCCAAUGAGAUUCACGAUGAAAUGUCUUUACACUUGUUUGGAUGGUUCUGUUCUGAUCAUUGUUCUGGGAAUGGCUCUCCCUUUGACAAAUCUUUACCUGCCAGAUUGGUUUGCCCUCAGGAAUCCACAGCCACAUACAGUAGGGCCGUUUUUCAAUACUUUGAUGCAAAAUAAAAUGUGUAUGUGAAAAUGAAAAUGAACUGGAUUUCUCCCCCUAGUGCCUGUGAGUCUGACACACUCUUUGCAUUUAUCCUGCAAGGUUUAGAUUGGAGAAUGUGGGUUUUUUUUAAUUUAUAUCUCAUUUACAGCCAGCUGCAAAUAUUUUCUGGUGUGAAAUGAUAUACUAUAUUGUUUCCUGUGCUUCCAUUCAAACCAUGCAGGGAUUUUAUAAAUCAUCAGACCUGAGGAUUGAUUUAAAAAUCUGGCUCACAAAGGAGCUAAGAAGGUCAGUGAAGGAAUAUUUGGGCUGGACUGUUCUGGCUUUAUUGGUCCAAUGUGAUACUAGACCCAGAAGACAGUCCAUGGCAUCUUUCAAAUACAAUUAAUAAUCCAUAUGUUUUACUAAUGUUUUAGUUUUAGCUGCUUCAGUUACAUUUAAGAGAUGCUCCCACAUCGUCACAUUAUAAAGAGCAAGCUUUGAAUUUCAUAUUGCGCGACCUUCCUAUACAUGUGAGAAUGAUGGGAAAGAAACUAUUUUGUCUUAAUCGUAGCCUGAACUUUGUCUGGCAUGGAUUCUUUCAUGGAUUCAAAUUCAACUUUAUUGCAUCACCGUUAUCUCUGGAACACAUGACAGCUCCGUGGAGAUAACUGCUAAUGCUAGCACGGAUCAGGACAGUUCUGGGGAGGAUAGCUUUAGGUGAUGAUGCAAUUGGUGCUGUGCACUGUGUGGGACAGCCUGUCAAUAUUUGUAUCUGGAGACAGGUAGACAGGGAUUAGGAUUGUCUGCAGAUGUGCAGACAAGGAGCACAAUGUGCAAUCCACCAUGUAAGCUGUAAAUCCAACUGGUCGGGUUUCCAGAGGGACAGAAAAAUUAUGGUAUGUAGUCAAUUCUAUACUCACUUUAACACAAUUUGAUGGCACUAUUACAGGGGACCUCCCCCACCCCCACCCUACACAAUCCCAGCACCAAGUCUUAUACAGGCUCCUCCUAAUUUACUCUGCUUGUAGUACAAGUGAAUUUAAUGGAAGAACAGAAAUACAAAGCUGAGCCUACAGAGCCCAAUUACAAGGUUUCGCCUGCAAUCAGAGCUGCAGUUGUGUCUUGUAAAGACGCAGCUCAUUGUACUGGGCAUAGAAUGGUGUAGUAACUUCAUGGGGUGUUGUGGUUUUGGUGAAAUGAGAAAUCAGCUCACUGUAACAAAUUUGUUGCUGAAAUACUUUUUGAGUCCUCAAGAGAACAAUUUGGCCUCAAACUGCUUCACUUCUUUUUACACAGCUACAAGCAGCUGGAAGAUACUUGUAAUGCAGGAAUGUUUUCUACAGAAAUCACUCUCAGUGAUGUCAAGACAGCACAUUCAGUCAGUCAGUGAUUUUAAAAGAAACAAAAAUAAACACCAAUGAGCAUUCA